GUCGCGAAAUGCACGCGUUGCGCGGGGAAUGCUGAAAAAAUCGUAGAGAAAACAUGCUGCGAAGCAAUAAAAAAAGAAGAAAACAACCAGCUAAUGCCAUGAUUGAUAUAACGAGGCAGGACCAGCAGCGGCGUAAAAGACAAAAAUUGUAAAUUAGUGUAGAGAAAAAAUCGCGGCGCUGUUCCGGAAAAAAUCUGCUGACGAACUGGUGGCGAUGAGCAGCAACCUAAACGUAAACACCAUGCCCAGGCCUGGUCCAAAGCCAAAUCCAAUUCCAAAUCCGAAUGCGAGUCGAAGUGCGGACUCCGAGGAGGAGGAGGAGGUGGACGGCCGGAUGAGCGACAGCAGCAGUGGCAGCAGCUCUGGCAGCAGCCAGCGGAGUCGCAUCUCGAGCAGUAGCAGCAGUUCCUCAGGUUCACUGGAGGAGGAUCAGGACGAGGACGAGGACCUCUCCGACUCCGGCUCGGAAACGGAGGACGACGCUACCACCUGCCAGUCGGACGAGCUAGAGCUGGCGCAGCUCAGCGGAAGGGACAUCUUCAGACUGCCGCGGGGCUUGUGCGAGAACUCGGCCAUAUUCCACGAGUUCUUCUCAAUGGAGACCUGGCAGCUGCUACCACACCACGUCCAGGCACGGCUGCAGCCGUUGCUGCCGGACUUCUCCAGCUUGGUUUCCGGACAGGCGCAGGCUGGCGCCGAGCAGCAGCGCACCUUGGUGCAGCUUUUCAACGGCGGCCUUCAGCGCUUCGGGCAAUCCCCGCUGCUCCAGCUCCAGCGUCAGCUGGAGGAGGGCAACCUACGGCCCGAUGUCCUUCAACUUCGCCGGAGCAUUCAGCACUCGAGCCGAAGGGAAUUCCGUUUUCAGCAGGCAGAACGUCUUAGCCAGCUGGCGAAGGAGCUUUUUCUCUCUAGGGAGCAACUGCUGCAGCACGCUUACACCUCUGCCCCGCCCGCCGAAGGAGCCUUUGGGAAAUGUCUGCCGCGACCAAGGCCCCGCAAACGGAAACCGCCAACGCUUUCAAUGGAGAAUCGUUUCUGCUCGCAACGAGCCAAGAAGCGCUACGCCCAGGAGCUCCUGGAACUUGUGGGCGAAUGUGACCUAAAGGUAGGCGACAUCAGCGCCGAGGAGGAGGAGGAGGACGAAGAGUGCUCCCAGCUGGUUGAGCGGCUGGCCAAGACGCCGUUAGAGUUUAAACUGGAGGAGCCUAGGGCUCUGGAGCCAACGGGACCGGGGCGACCAUCGAAUGCGGCGGAUAAGAAAUGCAUUUACAAUACCUUUUUUAAGCGGCGGCCGGGCGUGGACGAUGAGCAGGUGUUGCGCUUCAUGCAAGAGGAAAGGAUUCCCCAGUUGAACGACAAGAAUUUCCGAAAGUAUUUGAGGGAUUACAAGCGCCGGAAGGUGGAGCAGCCGGACAGUCCCGAGUUUGACACCUCGGAGGUGCGCCUGCGCGACAUUUGCACACGGGCCCAAUUCGUGGGCAGCUUCAAGCCAGGUCGGAAGCCCAAGGCGCUGAUGGCCCGCCUCAAUCCCGAUCCACCUGCGCUGGUACCCAUUGGUGGAGGCACGCCCAACAAGAGCGAGUUCCCUGAAGAGGCAGAACCCAUGCUGCUGGAUGAACCGCAGCAGGUGUACGGUCGUCGGGCACCAGAGGACCAGCCGGACCAGGAGCACCUGCCCAGCCCGAGGGAGCCGAAGAUCAUGCCAAAGAAAAUAGCGCCCGCAUCCGUUGUUCUUCCCCCCCAGCCCGUGCCCAAGCUAGAGCCGUUGAAUGGACCGAUUGCUACCUCCAGUCCGAGUCCCACGCUGCCUCCUAAUCUCGCCAGCAAUCCAACUGCAACUGCUGGCCAUAUCACCGGCAGUCCCACUAGGGAAGUGCUUAUCAGACCGCCUGCCUCACCCCGUCCUGCCUCCUUCUUCUCGCUGCUGCGGGAUCUGUUUGUGUCCACGCCGCAGCAUCGACUUACCUACGGCGAACUACAAAUCCUGCUGUCCAGCUGGCGGGAAAUCAACUCGGACUCGGUCAUACCCACGGGUGACUGGCAACGAUCUGUGCCGGAUUGGUCCAAACUGCUGCAGUCCGCUAUUAAUUUCCUGUCUGGUGACUUUGGCUCCCUGCCGCCGGAGUAUGUGCCGUACAUUGAGCACAAGACACAGUUGGGGAUUUACCAAUGGAUAGGCGCUGGCCGAGACUCGGACACGCGACUCUUGGGCCUGUGCCACAGCUGGCUGAGAAGUCAACGGGAGGAGCCGCAGCAGUCGCAACUCAGUCCAGUGCUGAACUCGAAUGCCUUCAUGAAUCAGGUGGAUGCAACUCCCACGCCGCCGCCCAGAUGUCCUACCACCUGGACAGUGCGCACAGCCAGCCAGGCGGAGAUCCUCGAGUUCCAGCGACAGGAACGUAUUCGCUUCGAGUAUCCACACCGGCCGUUCACCUACCGCCUCAACGGAUAUGAGAGUGUGGUGGGGCCAGUCAAGGGCAUCUACACCCAAAGUCUGCCGCUGAACAAGGCGAGAGGUCAUGCUGUAAUGGUGGACGACCGACCGCCGUUCGUGACCAUCCUUACGCUGGUGCGAGAUGCCACCGCCCGGCUACCAAACGGAGAGGGAACUCGCUCCGAGAUCUCCGAGCUGCUCAAGUGCUCCCAGUAUGUGAGCCAACAGGCGGCGGAUAAUGUGCUUCAGACCAUCGUGAGUGGAGCCUUGGAUCGGAUGCAUGGCGGCCAGGAUCCCUGCGUAAAAUACGAUGCCAGGCGAAAGAUCUGGAUCUAUUUGCACCGCAAUCGCAGCGAGGCGGAGUUUGAGAGGAUGCAUCGACAGAACCAAUCCUUGGUGAAGCAGAAGCAACAGCAGCGGAAACAGUUGGCCAGGCCAAAGAACGCCGACGGCAGUGAAGGAUCUGGGUUGCUAUUGGAAGCCCAUCAGCAGCCAGAGCAUCUGCCUGCUUUGGUACCGGCAGUGGUGUCACCAGUGGCAGCCCCAGUGCAAGUUUCUGCUCUGCAGGUGAAAAAGCCAUUGGGCGUUAAGUGUCCUCCAGUGCCGCCUCUUAAAUAUCACAUACCGCCUGGCACUGCUAGUGUGGGAACGAUAGUGGCAGCCUCCACCUCCGCCUCUAAUCCCAAUACGAAUCCCAAUCAGAAUACGUUACAGCAGGUACAGAAAUCUCUGCUCAAGCCCGUGGCGCUAUCCAUUCCUGCUCCAACGACCGUUCAACGACCGCUGGCUACUGCUAAGGCUGGCAACUUUGCGAUCUCCAAGAUCAGUCCCACACGCAACACCACGCCCAUACUGGUGUCCACGCCAACGGGCUUGCAAACGGUUCAUGUGGCCACCACACCGAAUCAAUCACUUGCUUCUACCCCGCCUUCGGUAGUAACCAAAAAGCUGACCAUCAAGAAGCCCUCUCCGAACAGUAAGAUUGGAAACUUUAUCAUACCCAUGGAGCAGCAGAAACAGCAACAGGUGCAGCAGCUGCAGGUCCAACCAGUAGUUGGGAAACCAACAGCUCUGACCAUUACGCCACGUCCUCAGAUGCCCAAAAACAUUAUACGACUGUUGCCCGCCGGGGGAGGGACCACCCUAGCUGGAAAUCCCACGGUGACAAAGCCACCCUCCGUGCAGAUUCUUGGACCCCGAGGAGUGAUGCCCCAAUCCCAGACCGUGCGACCUGUUCAACAGAAGAUCGGUGCCGUUUCGAUAGUCUCCAGCAAACCGGUGACAAGUAUUUCCGCCACAGAAGCUUCAAAUCCCAUGCCCAUUACAACGACGACGACGAGUUCCCCCGUUACCGGUGGCGGAACCAUUGUGAAGAUGUCGCCCCAGGCCUUUGCUAAUCUCCAGCAGCAGCAGCAGCUCAAGCAGGUGAAGGUGAACAGCAGUGUCAGUCCAGCCCAGAGCUCACCGCAGCAAAGGAUCAUUGUGGGCAACACGGCCAUUUCAUCAAACAAGAAAAUCGUAUUCCAGGCACUGACGAAGUCAGCUCCCAAAAUACUCGCCACAUCGCCCAAGACAAGUGGGUCGCCGCAGCAGCAGCAGCAACAGAGGAUUGUGCUGCAAAAUUUCAAGCAACCGGCGGUGGGUACCAACCAAACCGGAACAGCUACUCGCGUGAUUCGAGCCACACCAGCGGCCGGAGCAGUGAGUACUGCAGGGAACACCACCACUCAGGGAACGGGUCAUAUCAUCACCCUGGACAGCUUAAUACAGAAGCAGACUGCCGGCGGCGGCGGCAAGCUUCUCACCACGGCUGGCAACAAUAUAAUUCAUCUGGCCACUUCCUCAGCGGGUAAUAUGAUUACACUGAGUCCCAACCAGUCGACCAAGCAGUUGCCCACAAUGGCGCGCAUUGUGAGUGCAACAACAACAACAACUACAGUUGGAGGAGGACCUGGUGGUGGCGGCACCAACAUAAUGCCCAAGAUCAUUGGCAAAACGACGGUGUUGCCAGGUAAACCAUUGUUGGUCCACGCCAAGCAGCUAAAACAGCUGGGCGGAGGUAACAGUGUGGCCAUCACCCAGACCACUACCACAGCCAGUACAACGGUGGCUUCAACAGGAGCGGCUUCCGGCGCAGUGGUCUCCGGAGCGGGAGUGGCGGCUGGAAAUGCCGUGCGAACAACUCAGAACAUUGUGAUUGGCGGACAGACCGUGAAGCUUCAGGGAGCGAUUCCCGCUCGACCUGCUGGAUCUGCACCCGUACAGACCGUUAUCAUGGGCAACCAACUGCUCCGCCUGGCCACCAGCAGCAGCAACAGUGUAACCACUUCCUCUGGCGGCGGCAUAACCACGGCACCCAAAACGCUACUAAUUGGAGCUGGCGGCACACAAACACUGCGACUGGCCAAGAAUGUUUUGGUGGCUAACAAGCAGAUUACCAGUACUGCCACCACGACGGCAUCUCCAGCAGCAGCAACGACGGCGACGGCUGGAAAUAAUCUCGUGUUCGCCGUGCAAGGCAAUGGCGGGCAGCUGUACUUUUCGCCGGGUCUGCAGGGCCUAAACCUAAAGCCUCUGUCCAGCUUGAAAGUGAUACCAAUGGCAACGGCGGCGGCCGGAACAGCGUCUGGUGGCAAAAUCUCCGUUACGACGGUGGCCGGAGGAGGUGGAGAGGCGGCCGGAAAGUCGCUGGCCACCAAACUGAUACCGGCAACGGUACUCAAGACAGCCACAGGGAGUGGAAACUAAGUGAGAGGAGGAGUGAGAAGAUGGCUUUGGAUACGUGAGUGGAGAGGCUUGUUUAACCCUUCUUCCUUGGGUUAUUUUUCAUAAAUUUUGUUUUAAAAUUAAAUUGUAAUUCGAAUUAUUUAGGCAAAAAGUUUUCAAAAGUAGAGAGAGAGUGAAAAUCCUCCCAGUCCAUGAACCCAUUUUAUGGAUAACACAGUUUAUAAAAUAAAUAUAUUACGUAUAGAGAGACACAAACACCCAAUAAAACUCAGAUGAAACUAGA